CCCACCCCUGGAGGUGUUCAAGACUAGGCUGGAUGGGACCCUGGGCAACUUGGUCUAGUGCCAGACCUGCAGGCUGGUGGCCCUGCUGGUGGCAGGGGGGCUGGAACUUACAGAUCCUUGGGCUCCUUUCCAAGGAUCUGGAACAUUCUAUGAUUUGAUGGUUCUAUGACAGUAACAUGGGAGCAGAGGCCAAUCCUCACUCACAACUACCCAGGGAGCUGUCACAUGCUUUGUAAAGAGCAUCCCCAGGAGCUCUGCCCAGAGAGAUAUGCCUCCAAACUGUGGCAGUACCGUGGCUGUGGCCACCUUGCGCAGCUGAGAGCGAAGGGCUGAAGGGUGAGGUCAGGCUGCCCACUGUGACAUCAGCAAGGAUGUCACAAUGCAGGGGAUGGUUUUAGGGCCGUCAGCAGGCAGUGCUGCUUCACUUUGGCCUGGGCCAUAGAUCAUGGCUUUGGUGUUGGUUCUCGCCUUGUUGGUGAGGGCGCUAAUUGUCAGUGGCAGUGACCAUGCGGUCAUGCUUGAGCGCGUGCAGCAGCACGAGAAAGAGCAGAGGAACGGGGAGCAGAGCUGGGUGGACAUGUCGGCUCUGCUCUUUACUCUGCUGCAUUACUGGAAGAUCUGGUUCUGUACGGGACUGUUUGUCUUCCUCUUUUGGAAUAUGUGGCGGUCCCUAAAAAGGAAGCAGCAUGAGGAAGGGGGACAGCAGGAACAGCAAGAACGGGAGGAACAGGUGGAAGAGGUGGAACGUGAGGAACAGCAGGAGCAAGUGGAAGAGGAGGAACAGCUGGAACGGGUGGAAGAGCUGGAACAGGAGGAUCAGGUGGAACAUGUGGAACAGGAGGAACAGGAGGAACGGGAGGAUCAGGGGGAACAGGUGCAGCAGGAGGAACAGGUGGAAGAGGUAGAACAGGAGGACGAGGAGGAAGAAUACUUCCAUCAUUCAGCACUGACCAGAUACAUUGCACGGCGUGCCUGGGAAAAGAUGCAAGGAAAGGCCACCAAGUGCGUGCUGGUGGAGGAGCUGAUGAGCGACCUGCUGCAGACCUACACAUUUGUCUGUUCAAACAGCUUCUACCCGGUGCUGCAGCCUGCCAUUGGGGUGGGCAGCGCCUUUGAAGGCUGGAGUCCCUGUGAGGAGGACAUUGUGUACCGCCUGCUCGUGCCCAUUAAGGCCCCCCAUGGGCACGUCUUCCACCCGGAGCUGGGUGAGGAAGGGGAGGUGCUGGCAAGGAACUCCCGCAUCCGUGUGGAGCUGGUGUGCAUGUGCACAAGGGAGCAGCAGCUGGGGGACGUGCUGUGCUUCCUCCACCACUCUGAGGAGGAGCUGAGCCAAAAUCAGCAGCCCAGCCUCCUACAGACGCUCUGCACCGGCUCCUACCUGGAUGUGCAGAAAACUGCCGCCUGGUUCAACAAGCAGGUACCAAGAACCUGGAGGCUCACGCACCGGGCACACCGUUACGGCCUUAAGGUGCUGCCCUCCAGCCGCUCCUGCAAGCUCCAGGUGACAGACACCUCCAGCGGGGAAAAAGUCCACGUUGAGCUGCUGUUCGGGGUGUGCAGCAAGAGCUGCGCUGUGGCGGAAAGGAAGUACUUCGAGUACGUGGCCAGGACCGCUGGACCCAACAGCUGCCACCUGGUCUGCCUGAGGCUCUUUGCUCACAUCCUGGUGGGCAUGGGCUUUUCCACCUACGCCAUCAAGACUCUUCUCCUCCACCUCCUAGCCAUCAUCCCUUUGGAGGACUGGCGCAGGAGGCAUUUCCUGAGCCGGCUGGAGAAUCUCCUGCAGUACCUGCAAUACUGCCUUGAACGAUAA